GUUUCUUUUAUUUUAUUUUUACAGUAUAUGACAGAAGGUAUGCUAAUCAAUGAAAUGAUGUCAGACCCGUUGUUAAAGUGCUAUUCUGUGCUAAUUCUAGAUGAAAUCCAUGAAAGAUCUCUGAAUAGUGAUAUCAUACUAGGGUUAUUGAAAAAAAUUAUAAAGAAAAGGCCAGAUUUAAAAUUAGUCAUAUCAUCAGCCACAUUUGAAGCUGAAACAGUUUACAGAUUUUUUAAUAAAAAUGAAAGUGAUGACAAGUCCAAAGACACUGCCGUGAUUAUAAGUGUUGAAGGACGCAAUUAUCCUGUAGAUAUUCAUUAUACAAUAGAACCAUUUCCUAAUUAUAUUAAAGCAUCUGUUGAAACAGCUAUUAAAAUACACAUCAAUGAACAACCUGGCGAUAUUUUAAUCUUUUUAACUGGACAAGAUGAAGUAGAGCAAGCCACAGCAAUGCUUAUAGAUUAUGCUCGGGACCUUAAGAACAAAAGUGAUGUUAAGAAAAUGUUUGUUGUUCCUUUAUAUGGAGCAAUGCCAAUAGGAGAACAAUUGAAAGCUUUUAAACCAGUACAUCGGAAUGUUAGGAAAAUUGUUGUUUCUACAAAUAUUGCAGAAGCUUCACUCACUAUUAAUGGAAUCACAUAUAUUGUAGAUUGCUGUUUUGUUAAAUUGAAGUACUUCAACCCACAUUCCUGCACUGAUUCAUUAAUAGUCGUGCCAGUAUCCCAAGCAUCUGCUGAGCAAAGAUCUGGUCGAGCUGGCAGAGUGCGAUCAGGAAAAGCAUACAGACUUUGCACUGAACAAGACUUUUUGAAACUUCCUCAGUUUACUGUUCCUGAAAUGCAAAGAAGUAACUUAGCUCCAGUCAUAUUGCAACUGAAAGCACUCGGAAUAGAAAACAUAUUACGGUUUAAUUUUCCUUCUGCUCCACCAUCAAAGCAUGUUAUCAGUGCAAUAGAACUUUUAUAUGCUCUUGGUGCAUUGGAUGAAAAUGGUAGUUUAACAAAUCCCCUUGGAUUACAAAUGGCUGAAUUCCCUCUUCAUCCUAUGUUCUCAAAGAUGUUACUUAUUUCAGGUGAGUUUGAAUGUACUGACGAAGUUCUGACUAUUGCUGCUAUGCUACAAGUUCAGAAUGUAUUUAUGGUAGCACCAGGAAAAAAACUGGAAGCAAAGCGUGCAAAAUGGAAAUUUGCUGUGGAAGAAGGUGAUUUUCUCACCUUCCUUAAUGUGUAUAAUGCAUUUAUUAAGAAUAUGAACAAGCACUGGUGUGAAGAAAAUUGUUUGAAUUAUAAAGGACUUUUAAGAGCUAAGGAAAUAAGAUUACAGUUAUUCAAACUUUUAAGAAAAUUUAAAAUGCCUACUGUUGUAAAUAAAAGGGAUAGAGAUUCUCUACGAAAAUGUAUUGUGUCUGCCUUUUUUGCAAAUGCUGCUUUCUUACAUUAUACUGGUGUGUAUAAAACUGUCAGAGGAGAACAUACUCUCUACAUUCAUCCAGAAUCAGUUACUUCUCUAACAACUCAACCCAAAUGGGUUGUUUUUAAUGAAGUUUUACACACAACUAAGGAAUAUAUGAGAGACGUAACAGUUAUUGAACCAUCAUGGCUUUAUGAAUUAGCACCUCAUUAUUAUCAAUUUGGAACUGAACGUGAAAUCUCUAUGAAAGAAAUCAAGCAAUAAAAUUUAUCUUUCUAUUGAAAA